CGACAAUGUGUCCUCACAUUAACGAAGCCUCAAGUGGAUUGAUGAGAAAAUGCUGAUCAUUUUAUGCUUCAUACUCUCUGUCGUAGUUGGACGAUGCAAAGAUAAUCUGGGUGUUGAGACAAGAACUGUUGCUGUUGGAGAAGAUGUGAACCUAAUCUGCCCGCGCUUGACCUCUGAUCAUGAUGCAACGCUGUAUUGGAUCAGAUUUAUUCCUGGACACUGGCCUGAAUUCUUGGGAGGAACAUAUUCCUUCAAUUUUAAUGAUGUUAUACAAACUGCUCAUAUUACAGCAAAACAAGAGACAAAUACCUUUACCUUGCACAUUAGUAAAGUCCAGCACAGUGAUGCUGGCCUUUACUAUUGCUUAAAAGUUAAUUGGCUCAACAUGACUUUUUUAAAGGGAGAAUUUCUGAGAAUUAGUGGAAAAGAAUCAAACAUCACUGCCAUCGUCCAACACCCUCUACCUGAUCAAGUUCAUCCAGGAAGCCCAGUUUCUCUACAAUGUUCAGUCCUCUUUAACUCUCAAGAUAAAACUUGUUCAACAGAUCAUAGGGUGUUCUGGUUCCUAGCUGGAUCAGAUCGAUCUCAUCCCAGUUUAAUUUAUGCUCCUGCAAACCACAGUAAUGACUGUAAGAACAAUCCUGAUGAUCAUUCUGGGCGAAAAUGUCUCUAUAGCUUCUCGAAGAACAUCACUGCUUCUGAUGUUGGGACUUACUAUUGUGCUGUGGCCUCAUGUGGAGAGAUUUUGUUUGGAAAUGGGACCAAACUGGACAUAGAAGGUCCCAGCAUGUUAGAUUUGCAGAAGACAAAUGCAGUAUUUAUUGUGUUAUGUGCCAUUUUGACUGCAAGUGUGAUUGUUAUAUUCAUUCUCACUUACAUCCUCAUGAAGAAAACUUGUCAAUGUUCAAAUGAUGGUAAAGGGAGUCAUGAUGAUCAGCAAAUUCAACAGAGAAACGACAACUCGUUGGUUUACACUGCUCCCACUUUCACCAAAAGGAAAGCUGCCGGAAUAGAGAGAAGAAACAAAGAAACAUCAGAGGCCGUCUACAGUGGUGUCAAUGGAUUGGUGUUUGAUCAAUAGCUCCAUAAAUAUUGUUGCUACUGGAAAUGUUUAUUAUUAUUAUUAUUAUUAUUAUUUGAAAAAGCAUUUAACCAGGCCAUAUUUUGCCUAUAUGAAAACUUACACUUCACAAGGGUGAAAACUUUAA